AUGUCUGAAUCGGGAGAAGCUAGGAGGUCGACGCCGCCGCCGCCGCCGCCUCCUCAGCGAACGGAAGCGCCGCCCCAACAGCCCGACCCCGACGUCUCCUAUCGCAUUUGGCCUCCGACGCAGCCGACGCGCGAAGCCAUCGUCUCGCGCCUCGUCAAGAAGCUGUCCUCUCCCUCGGCGCUCUCCCCUCGCUACGACGCCAUGCCCGUCGACGAGGCGAUGUCCGUCGCCCGCGCCAUCGAACAGGCGGCAUUCGACUCCACCGGUGCCGCCGCCUCCGCCGACGACGACGGCGCGGACGUCCUCCAGGCGUACGCCACGUCGAUUGGCAGGCGCAUGCUCGACUCUGUCCAGCCGCGCACCCGGCCCGCUUCUUUGGCGAUCGAUGUAGAAAAGUUGUGA